AUGAAUAAAUGGAGAAAAAAAACUAAUUAUUUAACCAUGUAUUUUGUCUCAGUUACUAUUCGAUUCGAAUUGGAUCAUAUAGAAACACAGGGACACUUCACUACUACUACUACUACUACUACUACUACUACUACUACUACUACUACUACUACUACUACUACUACUACUACUACUUCCACCAUCAUUCCCAUCAUUAUUACCAUGAUAUUGUCAUCAGAUCUACUUUUUUUUCUUCUCAAAAGACAAGGUGAUAAUUAUUUUAAUAGUAAUAAAAAAAACUACUAA